ACAAACAUAGUACAGCUGAGCGAGACAUGAAGCAACUUUUUUUUCGGUACCAAGACAAGAACAUAUUAUACUUACGUACAUUUCGCAUCCCAGUGGAAGAGACGACACGAUACGGCGCUCUCAGAUGACAGACUGUACGGAUGUUGGCUGUGGUGGUGGUGCAGUUGUGUUUCAAUGCAGCACGUUUCCAAAAGCUAUCAUGGAGUGUAUCUAUAUAUAUUGAAGAGCAUUGCUAAAAGUUCAGUUGAGUUGUACACGUCUUUGAGAAGCGACUGCAAGCAAGUAAACCCUGGAAACACUCGUGAUUUUUUCUAGAAAUACAGCAUAAUGUAAAUAAAAUGACAGCGCAGAUUGAAGAGUCAAGUGACAAUGCAAAAAAAAAAAAAGAAAAGAAAGAAAAAAGUCAGUACACAGCAUCUUUAAUAGAAUGCUGCACCUUAGCUGAAUAGUUGCAUCGUGUCUCAUCAAAAGGGAACGAUGUAUGCAAUAAUCAAUGUGUUUUCUCUUUCAGUGCAUAUACGCGUGUGUGUAAAAGUGCUUCAGAAAAAAAAUGCCAAGAUCUGAGUCUCAUCUCAACUACUUUUAACAGGCUCCAGUGAAUGGCAAAGUGGUUUUCGAGAGUCUCCAUGAUUCCAGUAGUAUCUUAACAAUAAUUCUGCAACAUCAAUGGGAAGAAGCAGCCAUGUGAACCUUAUUAAUACAUUUGUGGCUUUUGAAACUAGUUGAGUCCACAGCGGUUCAAAUAAAAAAAAAAAAAAAAGCCCAGGGAAGCACAAGUGAGGUGUUCCUAAAGUGUUCCUGAAUGGAUGCGUACACUGUUGUGGGGCGGAUCGGGGAGGGGGCGCACGGGGUGGUGGUGAGGGCCAGACACAACCUGACGGGGCGGCUGGUGGCGCUGAAGAAGGUACCGUUGCGAAGGCUGGAUCACGGCAUGCCCACCACGGCGCUCAGAGAAAUCAAGGCGCUCCAGCAGAUUAAUUCACAACAUGUGAUGCGGCUGCUGGAGGUGUUCGCUGACGGCGCGGGCUUUGUGUUGGCCUUCGAGCUGAUGCUGGGGGACCUGGGCGAGAUGCUGCGGGAUGCGUCGCGGCCCCUCACUCGCGCCCACGUCAAGACCUACAUGACGAUGCUGCUCUCCGGCGUCGCCUUCCUCCACAAACACAAUAUAAUGCACAGGGACCUGAAGCCGGCCAACCUGUUGAUCAGCGAGAAGGGACAGCUCAAGAUAGCAGACCUGGGCCUGUGUCGGGUGUUCUCUCGCCGGGGCAAGAGGCUCUACUCCCACCAGGUGGCGACAAGGUGGUACCGCGCCCCCGAGCUGCUGUACGGGGCGCGCCAGUACCGGGAGGGCGUGGACCUGUGGGCGGUGGGAUGCAUCUUUGGCGAAAUGAUGAACAGCUGUCCAAUCUUCCCGGGCGAGAGUGACAUCGACCAGCUGUGUGUGGUGCUGCAAAUCCUGGGCACGCCCUCCGAGGCCUCCUGGCCCGGCCUGGCCCAGCUGCCUGACUACAGGAAGAUUACUUUCCCUGAGUGCCAGCCCAUCCCCCUCAGCCAGGUGCUGCCCGAGGCCUCGCAGGAUGCCCUCGAUCUCGCCAAGAAGUUCCUCAUUUACUGUCCCGAGAAAAGGCUUCCGGCCCUCCAGGCGCUGCAGCAUCCCUACUUCUUCACCCCGCCUGCCCCCUGCCCGAGGUCCCAGAUGCCCCUCCCACCCCUGGAGAAGCAGCAGCCGCCCGCUACUCAGGAAUACAACACAACCUUCCCCCUCAGCGACCUUGCCCACGCCCUGCACGCCCACCUCGACCCCGUCAUGUGAGCGCCUCAAGGGAAAACAAUAAACUUGUCUAGAUUUAAUGAAGAAUCUCUC